UAGGAUUACCGAAACACCGUUAAACGGUCAUACUUAACCAUUUUCACUAUUUGUUUAUAUUACUGUUGCAAUUUUGAAAAUGUAUGCAUAAUGCAAUGUAGACUACAAACCUUCCUCGCCACGCCGUCACAGGUUGCACCACAGCCCCCCGGAUUGAAAUUGAUUUGUACGGGAACAAGCGGUGAUUUUGCAAAUAGGACCGGAUAAAGCGCGACUGGAGAAGCAAUCAUGGCCGGCAGGGAAACCCAGAUGCAAUCCUUCCACACGCGUUGCGGCCGUUCUAUACGGCUUUACAAUGGCAACCGGUCGGCGCAGCGUUCCAUGCGGGAUUUCAGUCAUGCUUUGGUGUUCAGCGCAGAGCCGCUGGAGGACGAUGUGCUUUUCGAGGUGGUCAUUGAGAAGAAGAACACCUCCUGGGGCGGCAGCAUUGAGAUCGGAGUCACCGCCGAGUCGCCGGACGACUUGGAACUGGUGGCCUGUGCCACGGCCAUGCGAAAUGGUACUUGGGUCAUGUCCGGCAUCGAUGUUCGGAAGGAUGGGCGACGCCUAUUCGAGUUCUAUGGCACUGAUUUGGAAACCCUGAAUGAGAACGAUCGUGUGGGCGUCAUGCGCACCUCUGGCAAUGAUUUGGUGUUCUAUGUGAACGGCGAGUCGCAAGGCGUGGCGGCCAAGAAUAUGCCCAAGCCACUGUGGGCGCUCGUGGAUCUGUAUGGGCGCUGUGUGCAGGUUUCGCUGUGUCCAAGGGAUAGCAGUGGCUCCGGAGAGCUUCUGGACUCACCCUUGCAGCAGCCUUUGCAACAGGUUGUUCAGAACCUGGACGUGGCCAUGAACGUAAACAUUGUCGUUGACUCCGACGGAUGGAUGCACGGCUCUGGCUCGGGUUCUGAGGAUCGCCUUUGCUUUCACACCCGCUGUGGAUCUCUGGUCAAGCUCUCUCCCAACUUCCGAUCUGCCGAACGUCGCCGACCGUUGGACGAGUUCAACAAUGGCGUGGUUAUGACCCACCGACCGCUGCGAGACAAUGAAUUAUUUGAGAUACGAAUCGACAAACUGGUGGACAAAUGGUCUGGAUCCAUUGAAGUGGGCGUCACAACGCACAAUCCAGCGGUGCUGCAUUUUCCAGCCACCAUGACGAAUAUGCGCUCGGGCACUAUAAUGAUGUCAGGCUGCGGAAUCCUCACCAACGGCAAGGGAACUCGCCGUCAAUACGGCGAGUUUAAUUUGGAUGAGUUACGGGAAGGAGAUCGCGUUGGAAUGAUGCGCAAGGCAAAUGGCAACCUGCACAACUACAUUAAUGGCCAGGAUCAGGGUGUCGCUGCCACCCGGGUGGCCUCCACCUUGUGGGGUGUCAUUGAUCUAUAUGGCAUGACCAUCAAAGUCACCAUCGUGGACCGCGAUGAUCGUGAACAGCAGAAUCUGGUGACCAGAAGGAACAACAUUGUAGCGGGCAUGGCAAGUGCGGCCUGCUCCAGUGGUGGUGGCUCUGGUGUCCAGCAUUCGCAGCAGCAGCAGCAGCUGUCGGGGACUCCAACUUUAAGUCUUUUGAGUCCGGAGAGCGAGAUGAAUGUGGCUGGGGCAGCUGGCGGUCUAAGCGAAACUAUAUCCAGUACACGGGCCAUAGCUAGGAACGAUGAUCGUUUGACCUUCCAUCAUAUAUGCGGCACUCAUGCCACCGUUACCCAAAGCGGGCGUACGGCUCUAAGACCCAAUGCUGCUGAUGACUUUAACAACGGUGUGGUCCUCACACGUCGCCCCCUUCGUCCCAACGAACUCUUCCAGGUGCGACUCGAACGCGUGGUUACCAAGUGGGCGGGCUCCGUGGAAAUGGGCGUGACCACGCACAGCGCCGAUGAGCUGGACUUUCCCUUCACCAUGACCAAUGUUCGUUCUGGCACCUGGAUGAUGACCGGCAAUGGGGUCAUGCAGAACGGCGUCACAGUUAUCGAGCAAUAUGGCCAGAAUUUGGAUCGCCUGCAGGUGGGUGAUCGUGUGGGCGUGGUUCGCAAGGAUGACGGCACUGUCCACUUUUGGGUUAAUGGUGUGGACCAGGGUCCGGCUGCCAGCAAUGUCCCAGAGCGCGUUUACGGAGUCAUCGAUUUGUAUGGCCAGGCGGCGCAGGCCAGCAUUGUGGACACAUCGGAGUGCGGGAGUCCGGAUACCGGCAACUCUACCAUCUCAAAUACAACCUUGUACAGCGAGGUUCCCUUGCGCUUCCACAGCAUCCAUGGCGCCAAUGCCGGGAUUUCAAAUAGUGGUCUGACAGCCUCGCGUCCCAAUUCCCUGGCCGAGUUCAAUGAUGCCAUUGUGUUUAGCAAUCGUCCGCUGAGGCAGCGGGAACUCUUUGAAGUGGAGCUGGAAACUAUGGUCCGGCAUUGGUCGGGCAACAUAGAGAUUGGGGUGACGGGCACACGGCCGGAGGACAUCCAGCUGGCACCAAAUGCCACUGAUUUGGAGGCCAAUGAUACCAUCAUUCUGUGCGGUCCCAUGAUCUUUCACAACCGCAAGACCAUACGCACCAAUAUCCUACUGGAUCUGGACACCUUAGGUCCCAGCACCAGGGUGGGCGUGAUGCGAAAUGGUGACUUUAUCCACUUCUUUGUGGAUGGUAUGGACCAGGGACCGGCUUGUGAAUGCCAUGCACCGAAUAUCUGGGCCAUUAUCGAUCUGUAUGGGCAGUGCGCCCAGGUGAGUCUCACGCAGACACAGUUGGACAUCCGGGCGCCGUAUGCCACCAGCGAGAAUUCGCAGAGCUGUCAGGCCACCUCGGUUAUUCAGCAUCCAGCAAUGGAGACCAAGCAUCGCUGGACUUGCGUAUCAGGUAAUGUCAGCCUCACCAAGGACUGGACGGAAGCCUCUAGGUUUACUGGAGCAGCGGCACCGUUGUCCCACUGUCUGGUCUUCUCGGAACAUCCGCUCAGCGUGGGUUCUCCCUUUGAGAUUAAGCUGACAUCGAUUAAUCCCAUGUUUGCGGGCUGCCUCAGCAUCGGCGUAACCGAUCUUAACUUGAGCGACGAGAGCGUGCGCAAGAAGCUGCCCACCAGCCUGCGACGGAUUCCGGCCAAUGUCUGGUAUGUCAGUGGGAACGAGGUACGCUUCAACUCGAGCUGCCUGCAGCGCUCAUUGGCUUCGCUGGAGUGGCUAAGAGUGGACGAUAGGAUUACUUUAGAGCGAGUAGAAAAUUCCCUAAACAUGCUGCUAAAUUCGGAGAACGUCAACAUCCAGUUCCACAACGUGCCCAACGAUGUCUAUGUGGUGGCGGAGCUGAGAGGAUCUACAAUGGGUAUUCAGGUGAUAUCAGCCCAAGGUCCAGCAUCGCCUCUAAGGCCCUGCAGUCUACGGCUGCAGGACUCCAUGGACUUUGGCAUGGAUCCACUGAACAAGCAGGAUAGCUCAAUGUUGGAGUCCAUUGAUUCCGAAGCACAAAACUAUGAGUUUGUGGACGUGGCACAGAAGAAUGCCCGACUGACCGAGGAUCGAAGGAGUAUAGCCAGAAUCAAGUCGUAUAAUCAGGCUAUUGUUUGCCUCAAUAAGCCCCUGUGCAAGGGCGAAAGCAUCAGCAUCAAGGUUGAUGGCUUGAAUAACAAGUGGAAGGGUACCCUAGGCCUGGGUGUGCUGUCUUCCACUCCGCAGUCUGUGCCCGUUUCCCUGCUGGACUUCAAACGAGGCUGCUGGCUGGCCACCCACGACUAUGUAAAUGUCAAUGGCCAGGUGAUGGCUUCUAAAUACGGCGAGGCUCUAGACCAGAUUCAGAUGGGUACAGUCAUCACUUUGACCCUCACCCAUGCCGGAAUGUUAAUUAUCAUGGUUGGCUCCACCAAUCUUGAGGAUUUGGCCAGUGGCCUACCCAACCAUGUUUAUCCAGUCUUUGAUGUGUACGGCAAAUGCGAGAAAAUAACUUUGAUAACAGGCAGUGAUGCUGGACGCACUGGCAAUGCCAAUGGCACCCCCAUUUUGGAGGCUCCUGAGGCCUUGGAGCUGGACAAUGGAAUGCCACAGCAGUGCGAAAAGGCGCAUCUUGAGAUGCAUGAGAAGGAGAAGGACACAGAGCAAGUGUGCGAAAUUUCAGCCAGGGAUGGUCCUUCCACCUCCGGUGCUCAAUCGAAUGCCAUGACCCGUUCGGUUAUGGAAAGCGUUUCUGAGAACUUGCUGCUUAAUAUUUCCAUUAAGAAUCGAACUCUAGAGCAGCAGCGCAAUGACCUAGGAGGAUCCUCUUCAACCUGUUGCCUUCGCGAAUCCCUCCAGCUGCAGCACAAUACCAAUUUGAAUAUACAACGCAGCCAAAGCACCCAGAGAUUCCAGAACUCAUUAAACACUUCAGCAACGGCAGCGGGGAGUAGCUCCAAUGUCAAUGUCCAGCAUCUGAGCAAUUCCGCUGUGUAUGACACGAACAAGGAGUACGAUGAGCUGCCCAAUCCCCCUAUAACUACGGCAAACUCGGUAGAUGAACCUCCAGGAGCCACCGCCUCCGCCGUCAUGGUAAGCACAACGAACGAUCAAACCGAGAACAAUGCAGCGGCGGCAGCGUUGGAGCUGAGUACCAGCAACGAACGCGAAGCGUCUGGCGAGCCAGCAACCAACGACAAUGUCCUGGAGGACGACGAGAUCGACUAUAUGAAUCACCUGCUCUUGCUGCAGCAACUGCAACAGAACGAGUAUACGCGCCAUCACCUUAUGCCUGACCAGGCAUCGCUACUAAAUCUCGAUCUGCCGUCGCUCAACUCCCUGGAAUCGGACACGAAUUCGGCCGGGCAGGUGCGCUCGGGUGGAGGAGCCGACUCGCUGCGCUCAACAGAGCAAAACGACUGCGAAUAUCUGCGGCAGGUGAGACGCUUCUGUGCCUCACUGGUUCUCCCCCAAGCCUUCUUUGACAGCCGCCUGGAGCCGGUGUGCUUCUGCCUGAAGUGCAGCGGUCCAAGCAACAAUGGCGGCAAUGGGGAUAAACUGGAGGGCUGGGUGUACUUUAAGCUCAAUCAGCAGACAGUCAAUGUGCUGAGCACCUCCGCAACGACGGCACCGGCGGCGGGCAGCGGUGUUUCCUCAUCGGCAGUUCCCCAAGUCCACUUUGAUUUGAAUGGCGACUGGCUGCCCUUCUAUUACAUGACACGGGUGGACAAGAUACGAGCCAUAUUGGAUCGGGGUCAGCCGCUGCCGCUGGAAACAGAUCCAGACGAAGAACCGGUUGCUGCGGCUUUAAAGGAUGAGCCGGGCACCCGUUUGGAGCUGUACUACUCACCCAAUGCCACCGUCAUUGAGCCGGUUUUGCCGCAACAUCAUUUUGCCUCCGAGCAGGGCCUGCAUCGCAUCUCCACCUCCUUUGAGGUCUACGUUCGUCGCCAGUCCAUCUCGGGCGUAACUACGGGCAAAGCAGCAGCCGAAGCCAAGCGGCGCAGUCUGGGUUCUGGAGAUCAUGACAAUAGCAGUGCCGUUCAGGGGGUAGAAGGUGCGGGCGCCACUUCAUCGGCCGCCCUCAACGAGUCGUCCGUACAUCUCCUGAACGAUCUUUGCUGGUUCACCAAAGAGGCCGGCGCCUGCAUAAUCAACGCUUUGAUAAUUAAGCUGGACAGAAUGGAGGAUCAGGAAUCUCAUUGAGCACACGACGACAACAACGCAUCCACACUAGUCCACGGCCUAUAAUCCCCACAUUAUAAUCACGCUUAGCAGCUAGCCACACCAAAACGCAUUCGCAUUCCCCUUUGUAAACGGAUUUUUAUUGUAUUGCAAAGUUAAAGAAGAAACUUAGAAAUGAAUUGAGCAAAAAAAUCACAAAAAAAUGUAUUUUCUUGUUUAUUAAAUUCUUGGGCAAAAUUUGGGUUAAAGACUGGAAUCCCUACCAAGCUGAAAAUAUGACAUUCAUAGUUUUGAAUUCACAUUUUUUCAGCAAAAAGUUAAAAUUC